AUGUCAUUGAGACCUCCCUUCAACAUUCAUGAAGAAAAAGAAAACCUUAUUUUAUCAGAAAAAGAGAACCUGAAGCAGUCAAGACUACCAGUUCUUCCCAUGAUCCCUCAGAAAUUAGUUCACCCUUUGCAGUCCUUUAAACUUUCUUGGCAGUCUGAGCUAGAGAAAGAAAAAUCACUGCAGCAGUCAAAAAUUGUUGAAAGCAAUUCCAGAAGGCUUUCAUCCAUCGAAAGUGAAAAGCAGGAAACAACACCAUUAUGUGGGUCAAGCAAGAAGGAAAUAACCCAUGUAGAGACACUAAUCACUGUAAGAGACAGGAGAAAAGAACAUGAAGAACAAAAAUGGACUCGUGACCAUUUACUCGUAAUCCAGAAGAAGAAAAUUGAUUCUACAGAGAACAACAAUUUACAGUAUUUUCAGACUCCGGUAAUGGCAGUUGUACGGGAAGAAAACCAGUUACGACAGAUUCCUUCUCAGAGGCAAACAAAUCCUCAACAGUGGUUCAAUAACACACCCACAGCAUCAGGAAAUACAGAGCCUGUUUUUCCAACCCAGGACACAGUUUGUCGAUCCAUUGAGUUGGCUUCUAAUUCCCAGGAUGAAAGGCUGGAUUCUACAAACACUGAUAAUCUUGAUGUGAAUGCAGAUGAAAAUCAACAGAUGCUUGAAACUUCUCAAGAGUAUUGUGGAAGCAAAGAUGAACAUGAAUUCAACAACAUUCCUGACUUUCAAAAGAACACUAAUACAGGUUGUGAAGAAACAGCAUCAAAGUCACCAUUUUCAUUUACUAUGGUCUCUACACCAAAAUCACCUGCAUUUGAUUUAUUUAGUCCAUCUGGAUUUGGGACUACUAACACACCAGAUCAGAUGGAUGUAAGUUAUACUUCUGAAAACAUAAAUAUUAGUCUGCAUUCCCCACAGAAGGAUCUUGGAAACAUAUUUGGGAAAACAGCUGUUGAGGAUGACUAUGGAUUUUCAUUUACAUCUGAGCCAUCCUCACACACAUUUGCAACAAGGAAAGGUUAUUUUAACUUUCCAUUUUCAUUUGGACAGGAUCAAGGAGGUGCAUCACAAUCUUCUGGCUUUAAGGAUUUUCAAUCUUCACAGAGCACAAAGCAGUUUACAUUCUUUUAAUACCAAUGCUUGACUGUUACUUCUUAUGAAUAAAUUGUUAUUGUAAAACAGCGCAUAGUAUCUUUGUUAGCUGGACUGUAAAGUUAUUUUGUUGCAUGUACAGCUGUGACCAUAAUUUAAUAAUUUACUUAACUGAUAGCUGCAUAAAAAAUUGAUAAAUUUGUGUGUGCGUGCGCACACACUUAGGAAAUUUAAAUGCCAUGCUACUUUACCUUGUGUAAUAAAAACUGCACUCUUAUCAGUUGUUUAAGAUAAAAUUUGUGGACAGUUUCCCAUUAUGAAGCAUGUAGCACUCUAUACAGAAUUUGUCCUUUACUUCUGAAUUUUAGAUAUUGUUACAAGCUCUUAUAUUUGGCCAUUACAGAAACUUGUUUUACAUUUGGCAUUUUAUCAACAAGUGUGCUAAACUCUAAAAGUAGUUUUCUUAAAUAUUAUAGCUGUCCAGGCAUAUAUCUGCAUUUUUGGUAAUUUUUCUGGCAUAUAAACAAUGUUAACAGAGAGUACACAUUAAACAAUUGUUUGAUUUUGUUUAAUAAACAAGCUUCAUUAUUUUCUUUUAGUUCCUCAGACCUCAAAGUUGUUAAUUAAAUAACAAUAUAUAAAAAGCAGAUUUCAUAAACUCAAAGGAACUGUUGCAUACUGAUUCUGAAUGUUAGGUGCAUAUUUUUUCGAACACCGUAUAUUAGUUUUUGUUUCCUUUAUGAACCAUCCACGUCUCAUUGCACUGUUUA